AUGGCGUGCACGCACGUCAACGCGCCUGGUGAGCACCCCGCAUUUGCCUUCAGCAGUGACCGGAACCACUCACUCCUCCACGUCUCCACCAAGAAUCAUCCUCUCGUCCUGAAUAUCAAGCGCACGCGAAAGAAGGUCAAGCGCGAUGAGCCGCCGCAGAAGAUGACAAAGCUUGCGAUCGCGGCUGAAACCGAGACCGACCGCUACGACACCACAACCCAGGUCAAAUGCUAUGAGUGUGGCGUUGAUGACGUCGACAAGAGCACUGGGAAGCUACCAGACGUGGUCGACGCUGUCCUCAAGGCAAACACCUUUGCGCGCCAGGAGGAGGUCAAGGCCUGGGAGCAAGAGCUGACUCCAUGCGAGCACACGCUGUGCUUGGAGCAGGAAGCUGCACGGCAGAUCAAAUCUCAGAGCCUGGGUCAUUGCUCAGAGUGUGAACUCAACGAGAACCUCUGGCUGUGUCUGACGUGCGGUAAUCUAGGCUGCGGCCGUCAACAAUAUGGCGGCACUGGUGGCAACUCUCAUGGUGUCGGACAUACAAAGACCACGGGUCACCCUGUGGCAGUCAAGCUUGGCUCCCUUACGGCUGAUGGAACGGCCGACAUCUACUGCUAUGCAUGUGAUGAGGAGCGUGUCGAUCCUGCGUUGCCUGACCACCUGGCUCAUUGGGGCAUCAAUAUCAAGGACAGGGUCAAGACAGAGAAGAGUCUUACCGAGAUGCAGGUCGAACAGAACUUGCGCUGGGAGUUCUCGAUGGUCACUGAGGAUGGUAAAGAGCUCAAGCCAUUGUUUGGCCCAGACUUUACUGGCCUCAAGAACCUGGGAAACAGCUGCUACCUGAACAGCACUUUACAAGCCCUAUUCGCCAUGCCUGAGUUCAAAGACCGGUAUUACCUGCCAGAUGAAGCGCUGCCCAGCACCAACCAGCCCGCUGAAGAUCUGGAAACCCAAUUGCGAAAGGUAGCAGAUGGCUUGAUCUCGGGUCGCUACUCCAAGCCAGAUAGCGACGUUUUUGUCUCCGAGAGCUCUCCUGAAGUUCCACAUCAGCGCGGUAUCGCACCAGCUAUGCUCAAGCAUCUCGUUGGACGAGGCCAUCCCGAGUUCUCCACUAUGCGACAACAAGAUGCCUUCGAGCUGCUUUUGCACUUGCUCAAACUUGUUUCGCGCACCCAGCACGUUGCACCUCACAAAGACCCGGUGGACGCUUUCCGAUUUGCAAUGGAACAGCGACUGCAGUGCAUUGGUUGCAAACGAGUACGCUACCGGUCCGACGAGCAAGAGAACAUCUCUAUCCCUGUCCCGAUUCGAAGGAUACCAAAGGAUGCGCAGAUGGAAGUCACCGACGCUGCAGGUAAAGAUGCAGAGCAAGAGAAGGAAGAGUUCGAGUCCGUGUCUUUGAAGGAGUGUCUUGACAUAUUCACCGCUGAGGAGAUGGUGGAGCUCACCUGCAGUGCCUGUGGAAGUAAGGAUGGCUUUCUGAAGAGGAGCAUGUUCAAGACCUUCCCGACCGUGUUGGCUGUCAAUGCCCGCCGAUUUGAGCUGGUCAACUGGGUUCCAACUAAGCAGGAUGUCCCAGUCAUUGUCAACGAUGAACCCUUCUCGUUCGACGCCUACAAGUCUCACGGCCUGGUUAAUGGCGAGGAAGUCCUACCAGAAGAUACGGAUACUGGAGCAGCCUCAAACAAAUGGGUGCCAAACGAAGCUGCGUUGUCCAUGCUAGAGGCCAUGGGUUUCCCUAGAAUCAGAUGCGAAAAGGCACUACAUGCGACUGGAAAUGAGGACCCUGAGGCAGCUUCGAACUGGCUCUUUGCACACAUGGAGGACGCUGAUAUCGAUGACCCUGUAGACUCCAACGCAGGCAGUGGCUCUGGUGGCGCUGCUGCUUCAGCUACUAUAGAUCCUGAAAAGAUCGAGAACUUGGGCGCCAUGGGCUUCAGUGCUCCACAGGCGCGACAGGCUUUGAAAGAGACCGGUGGCGAUAUGGAACGUGCUGUGGAUUGGUUGUUUUCUCACCCAGAUGCACAGGGCGACUUUGAUGAGGGCGGCAGCUCAGAGCCCCCCGCAGAGCAGCAAGACAAGUUACUUCCAGGAAGUGACAAGCUGCCAGCAAACUUCCAGCUCCAGUCCAUUGUGUGCCACAAGGGCAGCUCAAUUCAUGCUGGUCAUUACGUUGCGUUUGUUCGCAAGCAGUUGCCAGACGAGCAAGCUCCAUCAUGGGUCCUCUUCAACGACGAAAAGGUUGCCAAAGCAGCUGACGUAGAGGAGAUGAAGAAGUUUGCAUAUGUGUAUUUCUUCCGGCGUUUGUGAAUAGACAUGGUCUAUACAUUGCAUUACUGGCUAGCAUAGCGGGCGUGGAGUUGUGUGAACCAAGCAUUGGUGGAGUAGGUCACGCAUUAUGGAUUGGCAAUGGGGAAAGAGUUGGAAGCAUAUGCGGCGAGCAAUGGAGCAAUAUGGUUGGGAUGGAGCAUAAGAUACAUGAAUGAACGAAUGGUUGCUC